AUGGCGAUGAACUCGAGAGGUCUUCUGCAUGCUGUCAUCAUCAUCACCGCCAUCACACUUGCCGCCCCGAAGUCAGAGGCUGGUCACCUGCCUGCCAGAAGUCCUGCUUCCACUCGCCUUUCCACAUCUCGUGUCGUUUUCGCGUCCGUCGAGCGCUGGACGGCACGUUUACUGACUGUAAGGUCGAGGAGCAUCACGCAUUUGUAUUCAGGGAGGACUGUCAUGAACGCACCCACCAAAACGGACACCGCCCCUAAUAGCCCAGCUACAUCUACCCAACAUUUAGCGCCAACGUCGAUAUCGGACCAACGUUUUACAGUGCGAGAAGAGUCCAUCCUCAGACAAAAAUUGGAUCGUCAUAUAAUCCCUGUAGUCUACACACUUUAUGCAUUAGCUUUUCUCGAUCGAUCUAAUAUCGGAAAUGCGUAUGCUGCUGGGAUGAAAACAGACCUCAAUCUCACGUCGAGCAAAUAUGAAUGGUUGCUUACGAUAUUUUACAUCUCGUACAUCAUCUUCCAAUUGUUCGUUAUUUUCUGGAAAGUCUUGCCACCCAGAGUAAUUGCGUCAUUCACGGCUCUAGCAUGGGGUGUGACAUCUAUGCUGCAAGGAACAGCGCAUAGCUGGUCGGGACUCAUGACAGCUCGAUUUUUCAUCGGAGCGUUCGAAGCAUCAUUCGGGCCUGGAGUGGCGUUGUAUUUUUCAUUUUUCUAUCCAAGAUAUGAAUUUGGGUCCAGAUUUGGAAUAUUUGUCUCUGCUGCUGCGUUAUCUAGCAGUUUUGCUGGGGCGUUGGCUUAUGGACUUGUCCAAAUUGGGAAGGGGAGCCGGGUUGCUAGUUGGAGACUACUUUUUAUCGUCGAGGGAGCCCCAACAGUUCUCUAUGCGCCUUUCAUCUACUACCUGCUCCCCAAUUCUAUAGAAACAUGCAAGUUCCUCACUCCGAGGGAGAAAUCUUUAGCGCGACUACGGAUGUCACUAUCGAACACCGUCCAAGGUGAUCAUAUUCGAGCAGAAGCAGGUGGUGAAGGUGGCAUCGCUUGGAGUCAAGUAUUAGCCAGUUUAAGGGACCCAAUCAAUUACGUGAAUGGGGUCUUAUUCUUCAUUGCUAAUGUAACAUUCGCUUCACUUCCCGUGUACCUCCCUACUCUCCUGAAAGAAGCGGGCUUCUCAACCGUCCGGGCCCAAGGUCUCUCCGCCCCUCCAUACCUUGCCGCUUUCAUCUGUGCUAUCCUCAGCAUGUUCGUCUCAGACAGACUGGGCAAACGUGGAAUGAUGGUCUCAUUCUAUUCUGCAGUGGGGGCGAUUGGGUACGUUGUUUUGGCGAUUUGUAGGGGAGUGUGGAUUAGGUACGCGGCCAUUUUCCUUGUUGCGACGGGAUGUUUUACGAUGGUGCCACUCCUAUACUCGUGGGUGUCUAAUAAUCAAGUGCGAGAAUCGCAAAGAGGCGCAGGGUUCGCGAUCUUUGGCGUUCUUGGCCAAUGCGGGCCACUACUCGGAAUUCACCUAUAUCCAUCUCGCCAUGCGCCCUAUUAUGUAACAGGAAUGUGCAUAGCAGCAGGCCUCCUCUUCCUCGCAUCCCUCCUGUCCCUCUCCUUAUCCCUCUACUUCCAAAGCUUGAACAACCGACGUGAUACCCUUUAUGGACCUAGUAAAGUUGCUAACAGCACUUUGACAACACAAACUGCUUGGAAAAGCGAGGAAGGCGGAGAGGAUGUGUUUGUGAAUGAGGAGUUGUUAAGAGAGGCGGCGAGUGGAGAAGAUUGGCCUCAUUUCAGAUACGUCACUUGAUAGGGGUUGGUGGAUUCCCUUUGAGGUUUCUUAUUUGGCCUUCGUUUCUGCUCCGCAUUCAUUGUGUGCCACUUCGCCCCGAAGCAAUCAUUUUUACCGCAACCCCGAGUAUGUGAUCUUGCAUCAAUUCCUGCUUACAUUACUCGUACGAAUUUCACGACAAUGUAAUUUUGGAUAUUGCCGAACUGAAUCCCAAGCAAGUCUACUCAAACCCGUACAGUUUUCAAGGGCGACGCGAAGCGCGGUCGUGCGCGGAUGGGAAUCAUAACGUGUGACACUGGGUAACAAGUUCUGAUAUUGCUCAACGUCUCCGAGGGAAAGUGAAAAAGUGGGUAGCGUCGCGCACGAGUUGAAAACAGC